AUGGCUACGCAAGCUGUACUGCCCAUGACAUCUGUUGGAUUGGUCAACACCUCAACACAGUGCAACACCACUCUGCUUGGACUGGUGGCGAUGAAAUCGACUGGCACGCAAACGGAAGAGGCAUCACAGGAUGUAGCUUCUGAUGAGGCAGCUCCCAUAGUGCAACGUCGAGUGUCAUCUCCCUUACAAAGUGUUCCUCAGGAGCUUCCACCCUGCCCAGCAUCUCCAAUAUUGGACUGCUCAGGAUUUGAGGAAGUGGACCCUGAGAAUGAGGCUGAUGAGGAAGACGUGACUUAUUACCCUUCACUGAGCGAGAGCUUCCUAGAGGACAAACCUCUAGAAGAAAAGGCUCUGCAUGAGGAACCGAAGUUCAUCGUGUUUGAAAGUCGCCUCACAGAACUAUUCCAAAGUUGCAAGGAGUGCUCAAAGCCCUGCAGAUGCUCUUUCACAACAAGUGGAACACUACUGACUGUUGCCACAGAAUGUCCUCUGGGUCACAUAUCGCAUUGGAGCAGCCAACCCCUUUCGGACAUGUCGAACAAACUAUCCCAGCUCUCCACUUUGAUCACAGUGUACAAGGCACAGCAACAACAACUGCUAACGAACCUUGGUACAGAUCCGACUAACCUGGCGUCAGAUGGGAGAUGCGAUUCACCUGGGCACAGUGCUAAAUACCUAACGUACAGUUUUUACUGUGACUCAUUAAACAAGAUUGUGCAUUUCGAACAAGUUCAGGUGAAGGAGUCCCCAGAUGUGCAAGCGAGCAGCCAUAUGGAGGAGGAGGGCCUUAUACGGGGUCUAAAGUUCCUCGAGGAAAAUGAUGUGAAUGUGGCAUCACUGACCACCGACCGCCACCCAGCCACGAAAAAAUACAUGCGAACGAUGAAGCCAGACAUCAAGCAUUACUUUGAUGUGUGGCACGUCGCGAAGGGUGUUAAGAAGAAACUUGUAGCAGCAAGUAACAGUGCAGCCACAAGGGACCUGAAAUUGUGGAUCCCCGCAGCAGUGAAUCACAUGUACUGGUGUGCAGCUGUAAGUGGAGGCAAUGCUGGCUUGCUCUUAGAAAUGUGGAGAAGCUCAGUAAACCACGUAGUGGAUGUGCACGAGGGCCAUGCACCGAACUACCCUCGCUGCCUUCACCAGCCCAACCAAGAAUCUGCAUGGCUCAAACGUGAUUCUCCAGCACAUGUGAAAUUCAAGGCUGUUGUGACUGCUCCGCUGCUCAUGAAAGACAUUGGGCAACUGUCCCCUACAACACAAACAUACGGGCUGGAGUCCUACCACAGCGUGCUGAAUACCUUUGCAUCAAAGUCUGUGGCUUUUUCUCCUGAAGGAAUGUAUGAAAGAACUUGUCUUGCGGUGCUACAUUUCAAUGAAAAUUCCUGUCGCAAGCAAGCAAGAACUCUAACCGAUGAAGAGAGGUGGAAACUGAAAGUGCCAAAAGGGAGAGGAGGGCAUGUUGUUGCCUGCUCUGUGAAAGAAGAUGCAACAUUCCGCUACGUUGAUGUCCUUUUUGAAAAAACGCUGCAGAGAUGUUCAUCACUGCCAUCAUUCAAGAAAGCGCUGGAGGACACAACCCCAAUUGCAACCCGCCCAAUGAGUGACUCCCACCCACGUCAGCCAAGGGAAGCCAUCAUUGAGGCCCACAAAAGCCGUUUUCUGCACCACUCAGAGCCAGCAUCCAGUCAAUGAAGGCAAUCCAAUCUGUGCACUGAGAAAAGUAUGCAUGAUUAUGAAAUGAGAUACGCAUGGUUAAGGCCCUUCUUUUUCUGCGAUUCCGCGAUUCUGCAAAAAUUUGCAGAAUUGUAGGUCUGCCGCGGAAUAUGAGGUUUUGCGCAGAAUUUUGCAGAAACCGCGUGCUUAACUCAGUUUAUGCGCGAGAUGAACGGACUUUGCUCGCACCGGGUCGGCUCGCAUUACAGUGUAGAUGUGCCAACCGGAUAAGGCCACCAGGCCGUGAUAUGGCCCCAUCUGUGUGCUGGAAAAACCCUCUAACUUCUCUCUCUAACCCUCAACUCUCUGGGAUUCUGGAGUGGAAUGCAAACACUGACCCCUGCUUUGGUGUCCAUAGCUGUCAAGUAC